CGGCCUGGGCGCGCAGCUGAGGAUUUCAAGGGAUCCUAAGGAGCCGCAGGCGCUCUGGGCGAAGUUUUGUGAGCCGGCCAGACACAGAGCUGAGGCUGCGACGCCGGAGACAGGGAUGGGAGGGCCGCUUGCGGCCAGCCCUAUACCUGAACCACGAAGCCCAGAGCCAGAAAGCCAGGCACCGGCACGAGCCCCAGACCUCAGAGCUGAGUCCAAGAGGUGGACAUAGUCGGUCACUCCAGCUUCAUGGGCAGACAUCUGUGAGAGCCCCAGGAGCUGUGGGGAUGGCACACCUGCUAGGCAGCCAGGCCUGCAUGGACAGCCUGCGCAAGGACCUCACCGACCUGCAGGGCACCAUUGUGGAAGUGUUCUCCCGUGCUGGGCCUGUGCGCUUCCCAUCCUGGAAGUUCCCUGACCGUUUGGCCUGUGAUCUUGAUAUGGUGGCCCUCCUGGAGCACUACGACCAUGUGCCAGGUGACCCUGAGUUCACACAGUUGUCCCAUGCUGUGCUGCUGGAGCUCGUCAUUGACAGGCUCCUGCUGCUGCUUCAGAGCUGUGCCAGCUACCUGGAAAACCUCAGUUUGGAGCAGAUGAUGCCUCCUACCCGAGCUGCAGGGCCAUGCAUGUCUGUGGGACUCACAGUACGCCGCUUCUGGAGCAACCUGCUGAGGCUGGGCAUGCUCUACCAGCAGGCAGUCCCCCAGAAAAGAGCAAACCAAGGGGAGAUUCCCAUCGCCAAGCCCACGGCCAAGGGUGAACCAGCCAGGAGCCCCGAAGGCAUGACUGCCAAGUUCAUCAAGCCUCCUUCCCCAGUGGCAGGCCUGCCCAUGAUCUGCCAAGGGCUACAGAGCAUCCCUGUCAGAGUCUCCCUGCGGGGCCCAGCGGGGACCUCUGAGAAAACCAAGAGUGUCCACUCUCAGACCAUCGAGACAGCCUUGGUGCCCUGUGAUGCUUGCACCAGUGUCCAGGGCAGCUUGUGGGAGGUGGGCAAGGUGGUCAUCAGCCUGUGUCAGAGCCAAAACUUGCCUUCGUCCCUGGGCCAGUUUCAGAAGCUGGUGCAGGACAGCAUGGGGCUCAAACCACUGCCGGCUGCCACCGUGGGCCACUGGGCAGCAGAGCAGAGCAAAGAUCUGACUCGGCUCAAUAAGCAUGUGGGGGCCCUCACCCAACUUGUCGGGCCCCUCAGGACCCAGCUGGAAGAGGCCGAGGGGCAGAAGGAUGGACUAAGGAAGCAGGUGGGCAAGCUGGAGCAGGCUCUGCAGCAGGAGAAAGGGGAGCGGCAGCGGCAGACAGAGGAGGCUGCGCGGAGCCUGGCCAAGUGCGAGCAGGACAGGCAACGGCUGCUCACAGAAACGUGUGACCUAAAGACAAAGGUGGCCAUUCUGGAGGGAGACCUGAAGCAGCAGCAGAAGUCCAUGCAGGCCAUGGCGGCAAAGACCCAGCAGCUGGAGGAGGAAGGUGAGCGCAGGGCAGCCGCUGAGAGGCAAGUGCAGCAGCUGGAGGAGCAAGUGCAGCUGCUGGCAGGGCGGCUGGAUGGAGCUGGCAAGCAGAUCCGCUGGGCCAGCACAGAGCUGGACAAGGAGAAGGCCCGAGUCGACAGCAUGGUCCGCCAUCAGGAGUCCCUGCAGGCCAAGCAGAGGACUCUGCUCCAGCAGCUGGACAGUCUGGACCAGGAGCGGGAAGAGCUGCGGGGAAGUCUGGAUGAGGCUGAGGUCCAGCGGGCUGAGUUGGAGGAGCAGCUGAAGAGCCUCCAGAGCGACAGGGAACAGGAACAGUGCCAGCUACAGGCCCAGCAGGAGCUGCUGCGGAGCCUGCAGCAGGAGAAACAAGACCUGGAGCAGGUAACUACAGACCUGAAGCUGACCAUCUCAGAGCUGCGACGGGAGCUAGAGGAGCUAAAGGAGCGGGAGCGACUGCUGGUGGCCUUCCCAGACCUGCACCAGCCCACGGAGGCCCAGACCCACAGUUCUAGCAAUGUCACCCAUGACAUGGAGAGGCAGAUGCAAGCCAAUGAUAUCCGCAUCCAGGUCCUACAGGAAGAGAACAGGCGGUUCCAGUCAAUGCUGACCAAAAUCCGAGAGGUGGCCCAACAGGAAGGCCUCAAAAUGAUCCCGCAGGGCCAGCACUGGCCCCCUCCCUACAAGGACACCCAGGGAGAGAUACCCCCAGCCCAGGCACAGAGUACAUCCCCAGGGCCCAUGGGCAGACGGCAGUUUCCUGGAAGCCGGGCGAGCAGUACAGUCAGAACCCAUCCAGGCGGGCCCCGAGCAUCCCCGUCUCGGCAGCCCUGCAGCUGGCCCAGCAAAGCCUCUUUGGAAGACAGAACCCAUUCAGCCAACUACACCCAGAACCCCAUCCGGGCCUUGGCCAGACUCAGGAGGAAACUCUCACCGAACCGAGGUCAGGCUGGCUCUACAUAUCAGCCCCAGGAGCGGCCCACAUAACCUGAAGCAGGGGUAGGGCUGGAGGGCAGGUGGCUAGCAAUCUCCCAUGGAAUAAAAGCCCCAGCCAUCUGCCCACAGCGAUCUUGGCCUCAGCGUGGCUGAGCUGGGGGAACAGACCUUCCCUCUUUGUUGGACAAAGGCUUCUAUGAUCCCACCGGGCAGGUCACUGGCCAAUAGAGACCUGCCAUUGAGUGGGAGCUUCCUGUCUCCACCCUGACAGGCGCUAUGGGAGAGUACACAGAGAGCACCAUAGAAGGGCUGAGGGGUAACCCUGGGUUUACUGACCAGCACUUAGGGUAGGGCUCUGGGUGUGAGGGCACAUCUAAAACAAGGACCCAGAGGCCAUGACCUUGUCUCUGGUCCAGCAAGGCAGGCAGAGAACAGCAGUACUUUGCCUUCCACCUUGGUUCUGCAUCUGGUGCAGGCCCCAAGGGCACCAGGUGGCUCACCAAGGAGCUUGCUGCCAUUAGGGACAACGGAGAGGUCCCUCUUCGGUCCUAGAGGUCAGAGCCUCACAAAGCCACCGAAGGAAAGCCCAGGCCUUUGGACACCUCGGCCAGCCAUGGUUUGCUGAGCAUUAGACUUUAGAGCUCACCCAGUUCAGGGUGCCAUGGCACUAAGCAAGGAUGUACCAGCCACACCACGCACACAGUGGUCAUUUUUCUAAAGCAAGCCAUUAGCCUGCCUCAAGUCACCUUGUUUGUGAAGGACAGGCUCUAAAUUCUUACUGAGGAUUUCUCAGGUCACACUCUCCUGGCCUUCUAGGUGGCAUUAUUUAUUACAUGAUGAGGAGGCCAUCAGGUUGAGUGCCUCAAUUUACAGUAAGGGUCAAAGGAAGCCGCAUGUGCAGUGAGCUGGCAUUGGCAGGUCUCCCAACUCCGUCUCUUAACAGCCCAGGGUUUCUGGAGGAAACCGGAUGCUCUGAGUCACUCUACCAGGGAGAGCCGGCUUUGGACACGGCUCCCUGAGAGAGGCCCUGUUCCCACUGAGCAUCCCAGGCCUCCACUGACUCUUUCCCAAACAGGAGGAUUGAGAGUUCAAGGCUAGCUUUUGCUGUAUAGGGAGGACCUGACUCAGACAGACAGAUAGACAGACAGACAGACAGACAGACAGAGGACAACAGGAAACAAGCAAAAAGUUCAGAAGUCCAGUUUGUUUGGCCAAGUCCUCUGCUCAGAGGUCAAAAAUCAAGGUAUCAUUCAGAAUGUCUCCUUUAGAUGACUCUGGGGAAGAGUCCUCUUACAAACUCCUGGCUGUGGCAGAGCUUGAUCCUUAGGCUCAGGCUUUGGGGCUGAGGUCCCCACUGCCACGCUACUCUAGCCUGUUUUCUUAUUUGUACCGCCCAUCUUCAAGAAGGCAGCAGAGCCAGGUGGUGGUGGCACACACCUUUAAUCCCAGCACUCAGGAGGCAGAGGCAGAUGGAUCUCUGUGAAUCUGAGGCCAGCCUGGUCUACAUAGCAAGCAAGCUUCAGGAUAGCAAGAGCUACAUACAGACCCUGGAGAGAGAGAGACAGAGACAGAGAGAGAGGAGAGACAGAGACAGAGAAACAGGGAGAGACAGAGAGAAAGAGACAGAGAAAGGGGGAGGGAGGCAGAGAAUGUAUGUCUCCCACAUGGAUCCCCCUCCAGUCUCUGACUUGCCCCUGCUUCCCAUGGGCUCCUGUGCUGACCCGAUGCUUUUUCAUUGUCUUGUCACUGUUUAGUGCUGGGAAUUGAACAGGACCUUGUGCAUUUCAGACAAGUGCGCUACCAGUGAGCCAUGCCCCAGCCCUUGCCUUUCUCAUCUGCAGGCCGUUUAAUAUAGCUUACUCAUAGGGGUUAAGCUUCUCAGAGUCAAUGUUGUAAAGAUUAUGCAAGGCAUGCUCAUGCAGCAGAGGAGUGCGAGGUUUUGAGGACCGUAAGAAGUCUCCCUGCUCCAAGCAAGAGGAGCCAAGGUGACUGCUAUUUUGUUUGACUGUUUUGGGGAGGAGCCCAGGCUGACCUUAAACUCACUAUGCAUCCGAGGAUGAUUUUGAACUCCUGAUCCUCUGGUUUCCCUUCUACAAAGGGAUUACAUGGACUGCCCAGUAGCCCAGUUUGGCCUUGAACUUUUUGUUUAAUUUUUAAUUAAUUAACUUACAGUUUUUGGAGACAGGGUUUCUCUGUGUAGCCCUGGCUGUCCUGGAACUCACUUUGUAGACCAGACUGGCCUCGAACUCAGAGAUCCACCUGCCUCUCUGCCUUCCCAGUACUGGGAUGAGAAGGGUGUGCCACUAGGCCCAGCUGGCCUUGAACUCUUAAUCCUCCUGCUUCUGCCUCCAGGUUUCUGGGAUUAUCGGCAUAUGCCACCACAUACCCAUCUCUUGCUUAACAUCUUAAAACAUCUGCACAGAUUUUAUGUCUUAUGUUAAAAUAUAUUCCAUGUUUAUUUUACUAUUAAAACUUCCCUACCCAAA